AUGGUAGCUCACCAACGAGUUUUCGGAGCAUUGAAAGCUCCAUGUUCGGUGAAAAUGGUGUAUGAAGAAGAUGAGGUGAAUGAGUUCCCUAUCUCUGAAGUUGAUUGGGGAGAGGAAUCAAACCACUCAUGGGGAGGAGAAGAAGGCCACGACCAAGAGCAAUGGGGAGAUCUAACUGACUCUGAAAUCAGUUUUGGAGAUGAAGUAGAUGGUGAAGAUUUCGAAACUGAGCCACCAGGCUAUGGCCAAGGCAGCAGGAGCCAUGAGAGUUGGUCCAGCGAAGAAGAUUAUAUAGAAGACUAUGAGGAAGAAAAUCAUGAGAGCAACUCUCAGUUCAGUCCAGAGGAAGGAGAUCACGAAAUUGAAUCAGAACAUGAACAGCUCAGUCAUGAAGACCAGUUCGUGGAGCCUUACUUUGAAAGUGAACCAGAAUAUGGAGAAUCAAUUCAUGGAAGAGAGCCAUGGAGCCAAGACACUGGAACAGAAGCAAGUAAUGAUGGUGAUUCAGAGCUUGAAGAAGAACCAGAGCUUGAAUAUACCAACCAACAAAGCUAUGGAGAAGAUGAUGAAACUGAUUAUCAAAUCAGUUUAUGA